UUUUUUAUAGAUAAGAUGAUGAAAGAAAGAGGUGUAAUGGUAGUAGAUUUGAUUUUGAUUUUUGUUUGUCCUCCUCCAAGCAGCAAUCGAGAUAUGACAGUAUUGCGAUGUCUGCUGCAUCCAAUUCCUUCAUCUUUUGGUAAACCCCUUCUCACCCUUACUUCCUCUCGUUCUUCACUACAAUCAAGAAUUAAUAUAGCAUUAUCUUCUUCUUGUUCUUCAUUCUCAAGCAAUGUUUCUACUCAUUCCUCCCCUUUUCUUUCUGAGAUACAUGAUGUUUUGAAGGGCUAUCUAUUUGGUCAGAAAAAAGUUACUGAAGUUGCUCAUUUGGUAUGGAAACUUGUGGUUCAAAAGGGUGAUACAGUUGUUGAUGCUACAUGUGGUAAUGGCAAUGAUACCUUAGCGUUGGUCAAACUGGUGAUAGAUGAUUCAUUUAAAGGGUGUGUGUAUGGAAUGGAUGUUCAGGAAGAUGCUAUUAAAAAUACAUCAUGCUUACUUGACCAAUCACUUGAUCCUGGCCAGAGAGAGUGCGUGAAGCUUUUUUCAGUCUGUCACAGUAAAAUGGCGAACGUGCUUCCUACAAAUGUCAGGCUUGUUGCAUUCAAUUUGGGCUACCUUCCUGGUGGUGACAAGGGAAUAAUCACUCAGUCAGCUACAACCCUAUUAGCACUUGAGGCAGCAAAGGAAUUGUUACUUCCUGGAGGAGUUAUCAGCAUAGUUGCUUAUGUUGGUCACCCUGGUGGAAGGGAAGAGUAUGACAUUGUCCAGCGUUUUGCGUCCAAGUUACCGGCAGAAAGAUGGGCAUGUAGCCACAUUGAAAUGCUAAACAAGCCAAUGGCCCCGGUUCUUAUUUUAUUGUUCAAGAGAUGAAUUUCCAAUCAGCAUUGUAAUUUCCGUCAUUUUGAAACCCAGUUAUAAACUAAUAAUCGCCUCAAGGUGAAGCAUGUGUAUUUUGAAAAUGAAUUCUGA